UCAUCAACGGCUAUCCUUGAUCACAUAUACUUGCAGCAAAUCUGGACCGUUGAUGGGCUAAAGGCUAUCCCCAUGUUAUUAACUGUUUUAAUCAACUCUCUGUCCCUUUACUUUCUCUCUCUUUCUCUGAGUUUCAUUCCAAUCCUCACUGAUCGCAGAUAUGUCUACAUCUGAUAAACCAGAAGUGGUGGAAAGGGGUGCUAAGGAUGAAAAGCAUAAGGAAGGUGAUGAUGAGAAGGGUGGAUUUCUCAAUACCGUGAAGGGUUUCAUUCAAGACAUUGGUGACAAGAUUGAGGGAGCAAUUGGGUUUGGGAAGCCUACUGCAGAUGUUACAGGGAUACACAUUCCUUCAAUUAAUCUUGACAAGGCAGAUCUUGUUGUUGAUAUUCUCAUAAAGAACCCGAAUCCUGUGCCGAUUCCCCUGAUUGACAUAAACUACGUGGUUGAGAGUGAUGGGAGGAAGCUAGUUUCAGGGUUGAUACCGGAUUCCGGUACAAUCCAUGCACAUGGAGAGGAGACAAUCAAAAUCCCUCUUACUUUGAUUUAUGAUGACAUAAAGAGCACAUAUAGUGAUAUCAAACCAGGAAGCAUCAUUCCUUAUAAGGUGAAGGUUGAUCUCAUUGUUGAUGUUCCUGUCAUUGGAAGGAUAACUAUACCCUUGGAGAAAACUGGAGAGAUCCCCAUUCCAUACAAGCCUGAUAUUGAUGUUGAGAAGAUUAAUUUUGAAAGGUUCUCUUUGGAAGAGACAGUUGCUAUUCUUCAUUUGAGGUUGGAUAACAAGAAUGAUUUUGACCUCGGCCUCAAUGCGCUUGAUUAUGAAGUUUGGCUUGGUGAUGAUAGCAUUGGAGGUGCUGAACUUGCGAAAUCUGCAAAACUUCAGAAGAGUGGGAUUAGUUACAUUGAUGUUCCAAUUACCUUCAGGCCUAAGGAUUUUGGCUCUGCACUUUGGGACAUGAUGAGAGGAAAGGGCACAGGAUACUCUAUGAAAGGACAUAUUGAUGUUGACACUCCCUUUGGAGCAAUGAAACUGCCUAUUACCAAAGAAGGCGGUACCACCCGUCUCAAGAAGAAGAAGGAAGAUGGUGGAGAUGAUGAUGAUGAGGAGGAUUGAAGAAGAAACUAUAGCCAGUUACUAGUAUCUAUAUAUUCUUAUAUGUAUUGCUUAGAUCCAUUUGAAAAUAAGUUAACGGACUUGAAGUUAAAAGGCUUUCAUUACUUGGUAGUUCUGAUAGCCAUUUAUGCAUGUUGAGAGAUCAAGUUAACAUUCCAAAUGGAGGGCUGUUCAGAGUUCAUUGUGAAUAUCAGUUGCAGUUUGGCAUUUGCUUUUGCUUUUCAAGCCAUGUUCCUGUUUCAUGUACGAUCAUAUUCAAAACGUACCUUGCUUUGUCUUGUGUGGAGUUGAUGUCUUCUAGUGAAGAAGUACUCAUGUAUUCUGAAUUCUGAUAGUAAUAGUAAUACUCAAGUUAACUUUGUGCAUCAAUAA